AUGAUCAGGCAGAAAAAGUGGGUUGAUGAGGGUGCCGAAGGACUCAAAAACACAUCUUUGUCAACAAGGAUGUUUGCGAUCUCCGCCCUGAAGUCUAGACAUUUCUGCAACUAUGUGUGGCGGGAAGUCGCUUCUUUCUGUGAGGAUUGCUUUGCCUGGACUUGCCCCUUUUCUUUCAGAGAUUUGAACAGAAUCUAUGGAUUAGAUUUGGUUGCUUUUGCGCGUAUCUUGGAGGCUAGUGCACACGAUGUUCAUGUUGGGCGCCCGUACAUGUAUACUUCAGCAUCGUUAUUGAUGGAUAAUGCAUGCUUUG